GACCCCAAACCAACUCAUUAGAAAAUUAGACCACCGUGGUCGUGGAUUUAUUCACUUCCUUUCACGCUGCAUACUCAAACUCGGAGAGACUCAGCAAUUACAUCAUCAACUUGCUCACACCUCUCUUUCUCUCUCUUCAAUUGGCUGUUUUAUAAACCACAAGUCAGCGAUUUCCUCUCUCAAAAAACUAGGUUUUCAUCUCUUCAACAACUGCAACACUAAAUCAAGUCAGAGAAAGAUCAAAAACUGCAUAUGUUCUUCGCUUCUAUUACUUUGUUGCAAUUAAUCGAAGUUAAAUGAUACGCCGCCGUCGAUUAUGUGCAGCUUCGUCUUAAAUCGGAUGGAGAAUUACGAUCAAGGCGAUCUGACCGACAUAAUCAGAGCCACCGCCGCCGUCACCGAUUCCAAUCCGCCAGCCCAAACCCCCGCCGCGGCUGCUGCGGCGGAGUGGCGAUUUCCGAGCAUUCCGAUCGCCUUCUCCGCCGACGAAUUCGGCGAUCCGUUCGCACACCUCCGAGAUCCGCUGAUCCACGAAAUUGCCGCCUCAUCGCCGCCUCCGCCGCCGCAGCCAGGAUUAAUCGGAAAUGGAAAUCUAGGUCAAAAGAUUAAUCUCGGCGAUGAGAUGAAUAGACCUCCGAAUCUCUUCUCGAGGAUGCUCCAGAUCUCGCCGGAGAAACUUCCACCGUCGCCGCGCGAUUCUCCGGCGCCGAAUCGCUUGAUUGAGAGCAAUUUGCAGAUCUCAUCACCGCGAAAUACGGGAAUUAGGAGAAGAAAAAGCCAAGCAAAGAAGGUGGUUUGCAUACCGGCUCCGGCGCCGGCAAACAGCCGGCAAAGCGGCGAAAUCGUGCCUUCGGAUCUUUGGGCGUGGCGAAAAUACGGACAGAAACCGAUCAAGGGUUCUCCCUAUCCAAGGGGCUACUACAGAUGUAGUAGCCCGAUGGGAUGUUCGGCGAGGAAGCAAGUGGAGCGGAGCCGAACAGACCCGAACAUGCUGGUGAUCACAUACACGUCGGAGCACAACCACCCGUGGCCCACUCAGAGAAACGCCCUCGCCGGCUCCACCCGAGCCCAGCCGUCCAAAACCGCCGCCACGAAAACCUCCCCCAAAUCCACGAACACGAAAGAUGAGCUGAAGGAAACAAGCACGGAGCCUGCCGCCGUGAAAACGGAGGUGGAUGAAGCCGAAGAAGCGGAAUUCGACGACGGAUUGAGCUACAAGCCGGCGUUGCCGGAAUCCAAUCAAUCGGAAGACAGCUUCUUCGACUCUUUGGACUUGCUUUUCACGCAAGGGUUUGACGGCAAGGGUUUGGAUCCCUUUGGAUUCAUUGAUUCGAUGCAUGAUUAAGUGAGUUUUUUUUUUACACUGGUGAGGGUUUUCUUUUUCACAUCUUGUUUUUUCAAUUUACUGUAUUUUGUUUUGUUUAUUAUUUUUAACCUAGACUAAGGAAACGUGGAAUUUAUUGUAAAUAAUUGAGAAAUGGGAGAGUGCUGGAUAAAUGGGAGCAGUUUGUGGAUGGGACAAAAAGGUGAGGAACAGAAGGUUUGAGCAGUGGAAAAAAGUGCAUUUUUAUAAGACAUGAAAGGAUAGAUCAAUAAAAGGAUUAUGAUGUGGGAUGGGACUCCAAAUAUUCCAAAUAUAUGUAUUUAUAAUAUGUUAGUGGAACUUUA